GUACCAAUAUAGUCCUUCUGCCAACCAUAGGCUGGUCAUAAUAAAGUUUCACUCUGAGACCUUUGGAAGUUAGAAAAGGAGCAUCGCUUGCCCCUGGAUAAGUUUUUUAGCCUUUAAUGUGAUGCUCAUUAACGGGGAGAAAUGGGCUCUUGCGAACACUGUGUCCGUGGCCAUCGUGUCACAUCCUGCAGAUAUCGUGAUCGACCACUCCGUCGCAUCAAUAGAAGAGGCCGACCCUCCUCGACAUGUUCGAAAUGCUAUGGUACGACUUGUACGAGGCCAGAAAAGCACACCAAACACAAAACUGCUACAAAAAAAUCUCCCAACCCACUGCUUUGCCGAACGACCUCAUCAUUCUUGCCUAUCGUACCACGUCCAGUUGCGGGCCCUCCGGCUUGGGGUCCUGAUCGUAAUGGUCACAACCCCGCGUCCAACGCCUUUCGGUCGAGCACCGUGGCCAUGUCAGGCCGCCAAGCGCUGGUAACAGUCAAGAAACCAACAUCAAUAACUGCAUAUUUUGGGGGAAAUAGUUACCACUCAUCUGGCUCCAAGGUGAACCUCGAACAGAACCAUAACCCACCUCCAUGUGCGCCAGAGCUCUCACAGCGUUCUGUAUGGGAGGCGAGGACGAAUGGUCAGGGUACUACGCACGGUUACUAGGGGCCAACGUUCCGAGCCCGGUUUGGUGUAACAAAAAAACACUGAUCUGUCAUGUUCGGGGUGUUCCUGAAAGCAGUAGAGAUAGGCUAUGUAAACUUUUGAGCCA